AUGGACUUGACCACCCUGCCAGCGGGCGCGCCACCCCCAGGCGUGCAACCAAACUUCACCAAGCCACAAACCCUCCUCGCCGCCACAAUCGCCACCGCCAUAAUCAUCCACAUCUUCACCCUCGCCUUUGUCCUCGCACGCGUCUACACAAACAUCUGGGUUCGACGCAUCUACCCCGAAGAUGUGUUUCUCUACCUCGCCUGGUUGGCGUUCAUCGCAGAAACAGGUCUUACGAUAUACAACAGCGGGACGGGCAUGAUGGCCCGCCAUAUGUGGGACAUGAGCGUCGCCACGGUGACUCAGGGGAGUUAUCGGUACACGAAUAUCUUUGUGUGUUAUGCCAUCUCUGGCGGAUUUGCCAAGGCGACGGUGUUUUUGCAGGUUAAGAAGAUAUUUACGACCAAGCAGCACGGUGCCGUGUAUUGGGUCAUUAUGGUUUCGCUGGUGGCGAAUGCGGUGGCCUAUACGGCGUUGUUGUUCAUUUAUGUCUUCAACUGCUGGCCGCUUGCUAAACGGCUUAAUCCAGAGCUGCCGGGCCACUGCAUUGACUGGCAGUCCUCCAUCAUUGCCAUUGGGGCAGUGAAUUUGGUUUCUGAUAUCGAGGCUUUUGUGGUUCCCGCUUGGGCUAUCUGGCAGCUGCAGAUGGAUGUCAAAAAGAAGAUGGAGGUGUUUGCUGUUUUUGCGGUGGGGGCCGUGGCGGUAGGCACAGCGUGUAUCGGACUGCAUUAUAGGGUCUUGGUGUUGCAGGCUUAUGAUACUACGUGGUACCUUGCGCAGACAGCCAUGUUAUGUAUGGUCGAGCUGGGAAGUGUCAUCAUUGUUGGCUGUUGUCCAUCUAUCCCACGUAUACUCCGUCGCCACCAGAUUAGGUUGACGUCUGAUUCGAGCGUCUAUAGCGAAACUUGGGGAAACUUGGCAGCAAAACCCACGCCAAGGCCGAGAGCUGGUGUCUUUGAGCCACAUGAUUUGCUUAUCCAUCACAGGUCUGAUUCGAUCGAGAGGCUGCAGAUGUACAGAUAUGGAAGUGGUGUAGAGCGGAGAGACUGUGAGGAUAUUUUUGCUGGUGAUGGGGCCGUGAACAUCACGGGCACGUUGCAGAUGCCUGCGCAUGUAUAUAAUGUGGUAAGGAAAGAGAAGCCCGAGGGCUGGAUUUAG